UCCUCUUUUCCUCUCUCUCUCUUUCCCGGCAACUCCAUCUGUAAUAUCGUCUUCUCCCCGUUUGGUGGAGAACAACAAAAAGUGAACAAUACACUCUUCACUCACACUUUAAAAAAAAUUAAACAAAGUCAAACUUUGCUCAGAACAACCAACAAUGUCGAAGCUUCUUCUCCUCCAAUCAUCCCAUCUCACCGCCCCAAUCCACCGCCGGACCUUCGCCGCCAUCCUCUCCGCUUCCAACCCUCUCCACAUUCCCUCCCCAUUCUCUCGCUUCCAUUUCCGACCCCAAUUCUCGCUUUCUCUCCGUCCCGAUUUCACUAACGAUUCUCUUCGCGAACCUUCUAGAAAGUUUUUGGUUCGCGCCUUCGAUUCGUCGUCGUCGGAGGGGGAGACGAAGAAGACCGGAGAUGGACCGGAGAAGAAGGAAGAGAAGGACGGUAAGGACGAAUCUGGCUCCGACGUUAGGGUUGGUAGUCAGAGAGUGAGAAAAUCCGACGAGGAGUAUCCGAGCGGCGAGUUCCGGUUCGUGAAGCCCGGCGCAUGGAAGAGCUUCGUCGUGAAGCUUCGAAUGCUGGUCGCUUUCCCUUGGGAGCGAGUUCGUAAGGGUAGUGUUCUCACCAUGAAAUUGCGUGGCCAGAUAUCUGAUCAGCUGAAGAGCCGUUUCUCUUCUGGAUUAUCUCUACCUCAACUUUGUGAGAAUUUUGUGAAAGCGGCAUAUGAUCCUCGUAUUUCCGGUGUCUACCUCCAUAUUGAUUCAUUGAACUGUGGGUGGGCAAAAGUCGAAGAAAUUCGAAGGCAUAUAUUGGAUUUUAGGAAAUCAGGUAAAUUCAUCGUGGCAUUUGUACCUGUUUGUCGAGAGAAGGAAUAUUAUCUUGCCUGUGCUUGUGAUGAGAUAUAUUGCCCUCCUAGUGGUUACAUUUCUCUAUUUGGUUUUACGGUUCAAGCAUCAUUUCUUCGAGGUGUUCUUGACAAAGUAGGAAUUGAGCCACAAGUGGAAAGGAUUGGGAAAUACAAAAGUGCUGGUGAUCAACUUACCCGUAAAACUAUGUCUAAAGAAAAUUGUGAGAUGCUGAAUGCGUUGCUUGAUAACAUAUAUGGGCAUUGGCUGGAUGAAGUCUCUUCUGCAAAAGGAAAGAAAAGAGAAAAAGUCAUAGACUUCAUUGAUGAAGGGGUCUUUCACAUAGAAAGGCUGAAAAAGGAUGGCUGGAUAACCGACAUAAAGUACGAUGAUGAGGUUAUCUCGAUGUUGCAGGAAAGACUUGGCUUGCAGAAGGAUAAGAUUCUUCCUAUGGUUGACUACAGGAAAUAUUGCAAUGUUAGGAAAUGGACCGUUGGCUUAGUACGUGGUAAAGAUCAAAUAGCUGUAAUCAGAGCUUCAGGGAGUAUUAGUCGCACGCGUAGUCCUUUGAGCGUCUCAGGUUCAGGAAUUAUUGGUGAACAAUUGAUUGAGAAGAUUCGUAGUGUUAGAGAGUCAAAAAGAUAUAAAGCUGCUAUUAUUCGAAUUGACAGCCCUGGAGGUGAUGCUCUUGCUUCUGAUUUAAUGUGGAGGGAGAUCAGACUUUUGGCUGCAUCAAAACCUGUAAUCGCAUCCAUGUCUGAUUUGGCGGCAAGUGGAGGAUACUACAUGGCAAUGGCAGCACAGACCAUUGUUGCAGAAAAUCUAACCUUAACUGGUUCAAUUGGAGUUGUGACAGGGAAAUUCAACCUUGGAAACCUUUACGAGAAGAUUGGGUUCAACAAGGAGAUCAUAUCAAGGGGAAGAUACGCGGAGCUUCUUGCAGCUGAAAAUCGACCUUUUAGACCGGAUGAAGCAGAGCUCUUUUCCAGAUCUACACGGAGGGCCUAUCAUCAAUUCCGUGACAAGGCUGCUUAUUCCAGAUCAAUGAGUGUAGAUGAAAUGGAGGAGGUUGCACAAGGGAGAGUUUGGACUGGCAAUGAUGCAGUAUCACAAGGCUUAGUCGAUGCCAUUGGUGGGUUUUCUCGGGCUGUUGCAAUUGCAAAACAGAAGGCCAAUAUACCUCAAGACAAACAGGUUACACUUGUGGAGCUCUCAAGACCUUCCCCAACGUUGCCGGAGAUUUUAAGUGGCAUAGGAAGUACUCUAGUAGGAGUUGACACAACGGUGAAAGAGCUGUUACAGGACUUGACGUUUUGUGACGGAGUUCAAGCCCGAAUGGACGGAAUUAUGUUUCAGAGACUGGAAGGGACUUCUAAUGGUAACCCUAUCUUCGCUUUGCUUAAGGAUUAUCUCAGUUCAUUAUGAGGCUAUAACCUCUAUAUUAGCCCUCCGUUUUGUUGUUCUUUUACAAGCCCUCGCGUGUCCCUAUCUGCAAUCAUAUUUACAUGUUCUCUGAAUUUGGUAAAAGAGAAGGUAGGUUGCUCGAUUGUUCGAGUGUAGCAUCUACCACUCAAGACAAAGGUGGACAUUUUUUAUUUUUUAUUUCCAAACUAUUUUUGUGACGGAUAUGCUUUUGUACAUGCAUGUACUCUCUCCAGCAAUCACGAUGGUAUACAUCAAGGUUAUUUAUGAAAAAGAA